GAAAGGGGAGUGCAAAGUACUGAAUGAAAUUGUAGAGGAAGAACAGUAUGAAAAGAGCUUAAAUGAAUAUGGAAAUCUUAAAAUCGACAUGAGAAUUCACUCUGGAAAGAAGCGUUUCACUUGCCAACAGUGUGGAAACCGUUUCACUCAAAAAGGCAUCCUUAGCAGGCACAAGAGGAUUCACUCUGGAGAGAAGCCUUUCACCUGCCAACAGUGUGGAAAGAGUUUCAAUAGGAAAGAAAAUCUCAAUUUGCACAUGAGAGUUCACACUGGGGAGAACCCUUUCACCUGCCAACAGUGUGGGGUAGGUUAUACCCAAAAAGUAGGCCUUAAAAGACACAUGAGAAUUCACACGGGAGAGAAGCCCUACACCUGCCAACGGUGUGGAAAGAGUUUCAGUGAGCAUGGAAGCCUUAAAGCUCACAUGAUGAUUCACACUGGAGAGAGUCCAUUUACCUGCCAACAGUGUGGAAAGAGUUUCAAUAGGAAAGAAAAUCUCAAUUUGCACAUGAGAGUUCACACUGGGGAGAACCCUUUCACCUGCCAACAGUGUGGGGUAGGUUAUACCCAGAAAGGAAACCUUAACAGGCACAUGAGGAUGCACACUGGAGUCAAGCCUUAUACCUGCCAACGGUGUGGAAAGAGUUUCAGUCAAGAUGGAAACCUUAAAGUGCACAUGAGAGUUCACACUAGAGAGAACCCUUUCACCUGCCAACAGUGUGGAAUAAGCUUUACGCAAAAAGUAGGCCUUAAAAGACACAUGAGAAUUCACACGGGAGAGAAGCCCUACACCUGCCAACAGUGUGGAAAGAGUUUCAGUGAGCAUGGAAGCCUUAAAGCUCACAUGAUAAUUCACACUGGAGAGAAGCCAUUUACCUGCCAACAGUGUGGAAAAGGAUUCAUUCAGAAAGUAAGCCUUAACAGACACAUGAAAAUUCACACCGGAGAGAAGCCAUUUGUGUGUCAUCAGUGUGGAGAAAGCUUCGACCAAAAAGGAGACCUUAGUUACCACAUGAAGAUUCACACUGGGGAGGACCCUUUCACCUGCCAACAGUGUGGAAAAACCUUUACUCUAAAAGGAAACCUUAACAGGCACAUGAGAAAUUUACACUGCAUAGAAUCCACACAAUCUUAACUCAUGAGGACUCGAAAGAGAACUGGUUUGUAUGUUAUCAGUUGACAUGAACAUUCACAGAGGAGAGGGACAAUAUCAUUUUGCUUAAUGUAAUAUAAAUGGUUUUGCCAUCACAAUUUGAAGCAUCCAAAAUGUCAUUCAAUCUUAGUCCAGUUUUUUUGUCUUUUGUGAUCUAUAUCUGCGGUUUUCAAUUCCAGUCUUUGCACUGUACUGGCUAGGACCACGUCUUCUAUGUCAGCAAUAAUUAGUUUUGCUGAAAAUUAUAAUGAAUUUGUUUGCCAGGCAUCCAACAAAAAGAAGCACAACGUAAUUUUGCAAUUUCGCGGUUGCCUUGAGCUCCCCUGCUGGCCUGUACUCACAUUGCACUUCAUGCUGCCUUCAACUGAUAUCAGAACUAUCAUAAAUAUGAGUUUCAUAACCAGAAAUUGGACAUGAACAAGCUUUUAAGUCGUAUUUACUUCUGAGACACUUAUUUUGAUACUCGAUAUUCUGAAUUAGGCGGGCCAUUUAAACAUAGUGAAGGGGACAAUGAUUGCUGCUAUCAAUGGUAUUUAUUAGUUGUUUUUUUUUUCAAUAACUACAUCACCUUGUCAUUAAAGUAGUGCCUAUAUAUAUAUAUUUAGGGUGGAACGGUCCGCUGAAAAAAAUCGACCGUAUGGUUCUCCACACACUUUUCAUCACGGUUCAGAACUUAAAUCUGUCAAUGCAUUGGUAAUAUGGAAAAACAAACAGGGUUCAGCUAAUGUAUGUUCUGUGGCUUCCCAAUACAUUACAAACCAUUCGCUCUUGUUUAAACGAAUGUUGUAUGCUGAAAUAUGAGCACUGAGCAGUCAUUUACUCUGUCAUCACCCGGGUGUUGAUAUCAUAAGGUGAGACCUGCACAGCACACGUUAAUAUCUGGGUUUAAACCAAACUCAUUUAAGCUUUGCCAGUUUAAACAUUUAAGAGCCAGAGGAUGUGAGCUCGCACGCGCAGUGAAAAGAUUUGUGCGUGCACUCAUCCGAAGCGUGUAAACCCACACCUCAGAACACGUGCAUAUAUUAAGAUCUCUAUGAAGUUUAAACGGACAAAUUCACACAAAAAUUUUUAAAAUCUUUUAUCAGACAUAGCCGACUGAACGUACUGUAUCAGUGCAUUCUCUUAAAUAAUUUCUUAAUAUUAAUCAAACAGCAACCACAAAGAAAUCACUCAUUGCUCUUGAUUGAAUGGCUUUUGUAACUUUUAAUAAAGACGUUGUUUUAUUUAUAUAGUGCCUUUCCAUAGCUCAAGGAUACUUUAACAUAAAUGUUAACACAAUUUGUACAGUGUCCCAACUUUUUUGCAAUCAGGUUUGUAGUAAGGAACUUCCAAAUUUGUGAGCACAGAAAACAUUCGUCUAUCCUACUGAAAAAUAAAUAUACUAAUUGUAUAUUGUAGUUGUAUUUAAUAUACAUUUAUUUCAUGAAAUUAUUCUGAAAAUAGAUUAACAUGUUUAUACUAACUGAAAAUAUAAACAUGUAAUGCGUACAGCUGCCUGGAGAUACCUUCACAGUGUGUUUCCCGGAAAACAAUUGCACACCUAACGUUCGACAGCUAAUCAGUUUCAAGCAUUCAAUGGCCCCAUAGUAAAAUGCAAAAACACUAAGAAAAAAAUACCAUGGAAGUGUAUGAGCAAUCAUAAAUCAAAGAAGAAAUUUCUUAGAAAUAUAUUUUACCUGGUGACGAGGAACACUCGCUGUCCCUUUGUGUCAAACUCAAAUACGGGGUUUUUAAACAGCGAAUGUGUGCUAAUGUGCAUUUUGUCUGUCAUUAAAAUGGGGCAUCACAUUACAUUUUCAUCAAACGAUUUCAAAGUUUGUUGUAGCUAUAUGUGCGCUCUCUUUUCCCUGUUGUAAAAUACAUUUGGCCAAAAAUCUCAUUUUAUAAAAGAGAAAAUGCUACUGUGCUCAGGCUGGCUAUGACUAACGUUAGAUGGCAAAUGCUAGCCCUCUCCGGUCCCAAAUGUCUCGGACCUCAAAUAGGCCAACAAAACAUGAGCCUUUAUACACAGUGUUUCUUGCAUAAGAAAGAAAACUCUGUACUUAUUCAAACAAGAAGAUCUUUAUUGGCCCCUGCAACACUUCGUUCAGGGGGUGGAGAUAUGAGAUUUGAGAGGAUCCGACAAGAUGUAGUCACAAGCUCUUUUUAAUACCUUUCAUUGGAUAAAUAGUUGUAAAACAGACAAACAGACUUGAAGUGUGACCAAUAGCAUUGAUUUAUUGAAGAAGAAAAAACCCCACCACCAAAAAAGGGCACUUCGGAGUGUAAGGGUAAAAAUGGCAUGAGGUUGAACUCUACAAGUGCGUGAUCCUGCUUCAAAUAGAAAGCUAUGAUACGUGAAAACGAUUAUUGGUAAAUAUGCAAGAUGGCAACAAAAGUAAUAAAUAAUAGGCUAAAUGCACAAAUCUUUAUCUACUUUAUUAUCUAACAUUUAUUAUUAUUUCAGGAGGUACCCCCCCCCCCCCCCCGCCUAUUUCCAUGAGAGAGUAUCUUAUUUUGAAAGGCAAAUUUCAGUUUUAUAGAGCAAAUUUAAAUUUUAACAAAGUUUAUUAAAGUUUCUACAUUUAAUCAAACUUCCAAUCAUAUUUGGCAUCACCUGAAAAUGGGAAUAAUAUGCGUAUUAUUUCUGCUAAUCAAAUUAAUUACGAGAAUGAUGGCAUCAUACUUUAAUGAUGCUUUCACUGAAUAUAUUUCCUUUCGAAGUUAUAAUAUUACAUGGCUAAUUUAGAAAAGGAAACGUCAUAAGAAAAUAAUUUAACAAUCACUUCCAAUAAAUAUAUUAUUGUACUAU